AUGUUCGAUUACAUCUACCGUCUACUCAGCAAGCUAUCAGGAGGACAGGGAAACAAAGAUCAGGAACCAGCAAUGGUCCCCACCGCAGCCCACCUCGACAUCACAAUCGUGGGCGCAGGCCUCUCCGGCCUCGCAACAGCCAUAUCCUGCGCCUCAUCCGGUCACACAGUCCAAGUGAUCGAGCAAGCGAAGGAACUAGCUGAGAUUGGAGCAGGCCUCCAAAUCACUCCCAACGCCUCCCGCCUCUUCACCCACUGGCGUCUCCCCGAGAAGCUCUGGACCUCAGCCGCCGAACCAACAUCCCUAACAGUCCACAAAUACACAGGCGAGGUACUCGCGCACGAAGACUCCUUCCACACGCACAUCCGGGCGAAGUACAACGCGCCGUUCAUCGAUCUCCACCGCGUGGAUCUCCAGCAAGCAUUAUACGCCCGCGCAAAGGAUCUAGGCGUAAGAUUUUAUCUGAACGAACGGGCUGACUGGGUUGAUUUUGAGACUGCAACUGUGUUCACCGUUUCCGGGGGGGAGUAUAGGGGGGAUUUGAUUGUUGCGGCGGAUGGGCUUUGGUCGCGGUGUCGGGAGUGCUAUUUGGGGCGGAAGGAUGAUCCGCUGCCGACGGGGGAUCUGGCGUACCGGAUUGUGCUGAGAGCGGAGGAGAUAGGGGAUGCUGAGCUAAGGGCUUGGGUUGAGAAUCCGCAGUGCCAUUUUUGGGUUGGACCGGGGGCGCAUGUGGUGGCUUAUUCGUUGCGAGGUGGGGAGAUGUUUAAUAUUGUGCUUUUGGUGCCGGAUAAUUUGCCAAGGGGCGUGUCGAGGCAGGUUGGGUCUGUGGGGGAAAUGAGGGGGCUUUUUGAGGGGUGGGAUCCUGUGUUGAAUCGGUUUCUUGGAUAUGUGGAUACAGUUGAUAAGUGGAAGCUUAUGCAUCAUGGCGAGAUGGAGUCGUGGAUCAAUGACAAGUCGAAUCUUGUGUUCACUGGUGAUUCUUGUCAUCCGAUGCUCCCUUAUCUGGCCCAGGGUGCCAAUUCCUCUCUCGAGGACGGUGCCGUUCUCGGCGGUCUUUUGGGCCGCAUGAAGAGUAAAUCGCAUCUCCCGGAGAUUCUCCGGUUAUACGAGAGCUUGAGGAAGUCGAGGGGUGAGGCGAUUGUUAAGGAGACAUUCAAGCAGAGAGACGAUUUCCAUAUGUAUAACGGACCCGAGCAGGAAAGGCGAGAUGAGAUAUUCCUGUCACAGUUAGGGAAGGAUAUCAAGGGGGCGUUUCCUAGUCGAUGGACAUGUCCUAAUGUCCAGCCUUGGUUGUAUGGGUAUGAUGCGCUGCAGGAGGUGGAGAAGGCUGUUGUGCGGAAUCCGGAGUUAUUUUAG